UGGAUGAAGGGGGAUGAAAUCCGGGAUCAGGAGACGGAGUGGGGCGGGGUCGUUCCCAACAGCGACGGCACCUUCCACACCUGGGCCAGGAUCGAGGCGCGGCCGGAGGAGCGGGAGCAGUACCGGUGCCGGGUGGAGCAUCCCGGAAUGUCGGAGCCCGGGAUCUUCGCUUGGGAGCCGACAUCUGGCGGGAAUUUCACUGUGGUGGUCGCCGUGUCCAUCGCUGCCAUCAUCAUCCUCACUGCCCUCAUUGGAUUCGUCGUCUGGAGGCGCCAAUCCGGGAGGGGGGACAGGAAUAAAUAUAGCAUGGCAGCUGGAAAUGAUGUGGGGAAAAAGGCUUGAAUAGAGCAGCAAUCACUGCCUGAGCGAUCCAUGGAGUUUGAUCUGGCCCAUCCCUCUUCCUGGGAAAGCUGAGAGCUGCCAGCAGAACUCACCCCACUUCUCCCACCCACCCACAGCUCCUGCUAACAGAUCAAUUUCGCAUUUUCCAGUGUUUUAAAGCCAAGAACCACAAAUAUUCCCGAUGCUUUAGUUCUGAUGUGCAAUUAUCCUGCUUUGGGAAAUAAAUCCUGCUUGGGGCAUUAAAUCCGGGUUCACUCUU